AGCUGUACUACCUGUCUCGCGAGAUUCUGCGAGGUGAUAAGUUGAAGAAACAUGGCGACGUCUAAUUUGUUAAAGAACAAGGGCUCCCUGCAGUUUGAGGACAAGUGGGAUCUGAUGCGUCCCAUCGUUCUCAAGCUGCUCAGACAGGAAGCCGUCACCAAGCAACAGUGGUUCGAUUUGUUCUCAGAUGUCCAUGCCGUGUGUCUAUGGGAUGAUAAAGGACCGGCCAAAAUCCACCAAGCCCUCAAAGAGGACAUCCUAGACUUCAUCAAACAAGCGCAGGCUCGGGUGCUGAGCCACCAGGACGACACCGCGCUGCUGAAGGCCUACAUCGUAGAGUGGAGGAAGUUCUUCACCCAGUGCGACAUCCUGCCCAAGCCCUUCUGUCAGCUGGAGAUCACGCUCAUGGGCAAACAGGGCAGCAACAAGAAAACUAACAUGGAGGACAGCAUCGUACGCAAGCUGAUGUUGGACACGUGGAACGAGUCCAUCUUUUCCAACAUUAAGAGCCGCCUGCAGGACAGCGCCAUGAAGCUGGUGCACGCCGAGAGGCAGGGCGAGGCCUUCGACUCGCAGCUCGUCAUCGGGGUGCGAGAGUCGUACGUGAACCUGUGCUCUAACCCAGAGGACAAGCUGCAGAUCUACAGGGAUAACUUUGAGAAAGCCUACCUGGACUCCACCGAGAGGUUUUACCGAACGCAAGCUCCGUCCUACCUGCAACAAAACGGCGUCCAGAACUACAUGAAAUACGCGGACGCAAAGCUGAGAGAAGAGGAGAAGAGAGCACUUAGAUAUCUCGAGACGCGUCGUGAAUGUAACUCUGUUCAAGCGCUGAUGGAGUGUUGUGUGAAUGCUCUGGUGACCUCGUUCAAAGAGACCAUCUUAGCCGAAUGCCCAGGGAUGAUCAAACGGAACGAGACGGACAAGCUGCACUUGAUGUUUUCACUGAUGGACAAGGUUCCCAGCGGGAUCGAGCCCAUGCUGAAAGACCUGGAAGACCACAUCCUCAAUGCUGGACUAGCAGACAUGGUGGCUGCUGCGGAGACUAUAACUACGGACUCUGAGAAGUACGUGGAGCAGUUGUUGACUUUGUUUAACCGCUUCAGUAAGCUGGUUAAAGAGGCCUUCCAUGACGACCCUCGCUUCCUCACGGCAAGAGAUAAGGCUUACAAGGCUGUUGUCAAUGACGCUACAAUCUUCAAACUGGAGCUGCCACUGAAACAGAAAGGUGUGGGUAUGAAGACUCAGCCAGAGUCAAAGUGUCCUGAGCUGCUGGCCAACUACUGUGACAUGCUGCUGAGGAAAACUACUCUCAGCAAGAAACUCACCUCAGAGGAAAUCGAGCUCAAACUCAAAGAAGUGCUCUUGGUGUUGAAAUACGUCCAGAAUAAAGACGUGUUCAUGCGUUACCACAAGGCUCACCUGACCAGGCGCCUGAUUCUGGACAUUUCGGCAGACAGCGAGAUUGAAGAGAACAUGGUGGAGUGGCUGAGAGAAGUAGGAAUGCCCGCCGAUUAUGUGAACAAGCUGGCCAGGAUGUUUCAGGACAUCAAGGUCUCAGAGGACCUCAAUCAGGUCUUCAAAGAGAUGCACAAACACAACAGGCUGGCACUGCCAGCGGAUAGCGUGAACAUUAAGAUCCUGAACGCCGGAGCGUGGUCCCGGAGCAGCGAGAAGGUUUUUGUCUCGCUGCCCACGGAGCUGGAGGACCUGAUCCCUGAGGUGGAAGACUUCUACAAGAGGAAUCACAGCGGACGCAAACUCCACUGGCACCACCUCAUGUCCAACGGCAUUAUCACCUUUAAAAAUGAGGUGGGCCAGUACGACCUGGAGGUGACGACGUUCCAGCUGGCCGUGUUGUUUGCCUGGAACCAGCGACCCAGAGAGAGAAUCACCUUCGAGAACCUCAAACUGGCCACAGAGCUGCCGGACGCAGAGCUACGCCGCACUCUCUGGUCUCUAGUUGCCUUCCCCAAGCUGAAGAGACAGGUGUUGUCUUAUGAGCCUCCCGUCAGCUCGCCCAAGGACUUCACAGACAGCACGCUCUUCUACGUCAACCAGGAGUUCUCACUCAUCAAAAACUCCAAAGUCCAGAAGCGAGGAAAGAUCAAUCUGAUUGGUCGGCUGCAGCUGACCACAGAGCGAAUGAGAGAAGAGGAGAAUGAAGGAAUCGUUCAGCUCAGAAUACUCAGAACUCAGGAGGCCAUCAUCCAGAUCAUGAAGAUGAGGAAGAGGAUCAGCAACGCCCAGCUGCAGACGGAGCUGGUGGAGAUCCUGAAGAACAUGUUUCUGCCUCAGAAGAAGAUGAUCAAGGAGCAGAUCGAGUGGCUCAUCGAGCACAAGUACAUAAAGAGGGACGAGACGGACCUCAACACCUUCAUCUACAUGGCCUAGGCACGGGCCGCGAGGGAGGGAGCGCUUUUUAUUUUUAUUUUUUAUUUUUAUUCGUGGCCUGCAAACGGGUGCUUUAAAAAGCCCUGCGAGAGGAGAAGGAACGAAAGCAUGUGUUGAAGAUGAGAAGAGGGCUAACGCUACGUAUGGGAGUGUGCUGAAGGACGAGGAAGAGCCUUUUUCAACAACCGUGUGGAUCUGUGUUUGUGUUUCGUGAGACGCCGGCGUGUUUAUUGACAGGAGAGUCGAGUCGUCGGACUGUCUGCGUGUCUCUGCUUCGCCUCGAGUGGCGAUCGGAGGGGAGGGGACGCCUUCCGCCAGCAGCCGAGACCAGGAAAAUAAAUAAUGACCUAAUUAAAUGAUCUUCUUGCCUACUUCCUGCCUUACUUUGUCAGCGACGGACUGCAGGGGAGGAACUGUGAGGAGGGAAAGGGGCGGACAAACGUUACAAGCUGAUAUCAAUCCUUUUGCUUUCACUUAAUGCCACAGCUGCCAUCUUGGCGGCAGCCAUGUUUGCAUCCCUCCUAUUCUACAUUUGAACUGGGAAUGCAAAAAAAGCCGCGAGUGAAAGCUGCCAUUGAGGAGGAGCGCACACGGAUGGAAAGAUUAGUCGAAACUACCGAGGAGUAUUUUGCCAAAUUGUGUGUGUGUGUGUGUGUGUGUGUGUGUGUUUGGGUGUGCAUCCGGUCUUUAUAGAUGUGUGUAUGUGUGUGCACUUUCGACAGCAUGCUGCUCUAUGAUUUAGUUUUGGAGGAUCUGUCACAUUUUGGUUGUGUCUGAGAAUGGUUGGGAAAUCAAGACCAGCCACCAUUUUAAAUGCUGAUAUUUUGUUAUUUUUUCUUUUUCUUAUCGCCUGUGGCAGGUCUGCCAGCAGGUAAACAAGUAUUGCCUGGAGAGCUCUGCAAACUGUUUAUUUGGCGUGUAAAGACCCGUGCUGUAAACAUUGUGAGGUUAAAGACCAGCUGAACGCCUCAGAGAGGGGACUUACAGUAAAAUAGAAACACAAAUACUUACUUAGACUAGAUGGGAGCUCCGUUACUCAACUUUCACCUCGUUAAUCCCUUAAGAGUGUCAGACUUCGCACAAUGUCCGUACCAGGACAAUGGUGUUUAACUUUAAAAUUAAAUUUACUUCAUUAAAGGGAUAGUUCAGAUGUUUCGAAGUGUAGUUGUCUGAGCCACUUCUCCAUAGUCCAUACUCCACCUAUCACAUCUAUAUCUGUUUAAUUCUACGCUUUAUUCAGAAUAUUUUCACAGCUUUACCUGGCUGUCAGACGGACCUUUACGACGGGGAACUGAAGCCGUUGUAUAUCUGCUCUCUUCAGAGCCUCCAGAACUCUUGUGACAAAAACACACAAUAUUGAGUUCCUAGCCCUUUCAAACUAGCCUUGUGAGAGCAUCCUGAUCUGGCGAGCUCCAGUUCUCCACUCCCAGAUCAGUCUGGCAUCUCGAGAUAAGAGAACAUUUGGAGCCAUUCGCCAAACGACCGACCAAUCAGCAUUGGUUUUGAGGCGGGUUUUAGGUGUGACGUAACGA